ACUGCAACUAACCUACUCCAACAUUUUUUCCGGAUCUUGCACGCACAAAUUCGAGGACGCCUAGACUGAGUUUGCGCGCCGGCGGGGCCUCAGCUGCCCAGGGUUGGGCUGUGUGAGCCUUUUAUGGGGCAACACACCUCAACCCACCCCUCCAUGCCCCAGGCGUCGGCAGGCCGCGCCUAGUGCGGCCCCGCGCCCCUCCCAAAGAGAAUGGUCCGACCUAACCUUCGCUUAUAAGAACAGUAUGGCCGCGCUCACAUCAGAAGGCCCUGGGGUUCCAUCUCCAGCUGAGGAGGACAAGCCGCGCAUUAGAGUACGCCUGCACUUCGGCGGCACCUUUGCGCAGGAUGGACCACGUCAGUGGCGCUACGUUGGUGGCGAGGUGUACAAUGAAAGCUUUCCCUUUGACAGCAAAUACGCCGAGGUCAGCAAGCGCCUAAACGACAAGUUUGGCGACACGGUCAGCUUCAAGUACUUGUGCCCUGGUGACGAGAUUGAUCCAGAUAACCUGGUGCAAGUUCAGGGCGAUGACGACCUGCUGGAAAUGCGAGAUGAGUACGUUAACGCGCUCCAGAAGCCUAGCACGCCAGUCAAAACUGUGCGCAUUAAGGUGUUCGUGUUCCGGGCCAUCAUUUUCGAGCGUGAGGUUCAGGACCUGGAGGAGGAGCUGGAUGAUGAGGAUGAGCUGAUGGACGAUGGCGUCGAUGGAGAGCUGCAGUCAAGCUGCGAUCCUGAGGAAUGUGGACCAAACUGGAGCGAUUGGGGUGAUCCGGACGAGCAGGAGGUGACGGAAAGCAGCGUGCCGUCAGCUCUGCCGUCCUCUGACGCGGAGCUUCUCAAUGGCGCUGCCAUGGCGGCUGCUGCCUCAGGAGCAGCAUACCACAACGUCAGCAUGAGCGUGAACAGCUUUGCCAGCGGCAGGACGACCGCUCACAUGUUGCCAGCUGCUCUUGGAGCAGUCGCCGGCGGGCCGAGUAACAUGCUGUUCAAUGCGGGCUUUGGCAGUAGAAGACCGUCGGCUGGCUGGCACGGGCAUGCGUUUGGUCAGCGCGCGGAGGCUUUGCUGGCAGCACAGGCUGACGGGGUCGACGCCGCUGCCGCCGGCAGCGGCGGCAGCAAUGGCGAGCGGUUUGGUGGCUCCAGGCAGGGGCGCGGGGUGGAGGCGGCGGCAGCGGCGUUGGCGGCGGAGACGAUUAUGCGUAACGCCCGGCGUGGAGGCGCUGCCGAGGCAGAAGCAGAGGGGGCAGAGGUGGACGCUUACUUGUUUGAGGAAGCCGACGCGGCGCUGGAACUGGCUUACAACCAGACGGGUUGCAACGAACAUGAUUAUGCCCAUUCGGAGCAGCCGUAUGAGGAACAGCUGUAUGAGGAGGAGGAAGCUGCGAACCUAGACGGCGGCUUUCAGGGACGAGAGCAGGAACAGCAGCAAUGGCAACUGCCUGACGGCUGGCAAGGAUUAGGACGCGGGGCCGCACAUCGCCCUCGCUCGGCGCAGGAGGAACGGCAGCACCCGGAGCUGGUUUGGGAGAAGCGGGUAGGACAACAGCAGGAGAAGCAGUUAGUGCAGCCACAGCAGGAGCAGCAGCAGAAAAUAGUGCAGCAGCAGGAGCAGGACAAUCGACAGCAGCAGCGGGGGGUAACAGGUUCGUAUUUGGGGUUCUAUUGUGACGAGCAACUUGAAGACCCGUACAGUGAGCAGUACGAUGAUCCAAUCGUCGCCGGGACUGGCCUGUGCGGUAUGCGCAUCACGGACGGCAGCGGUCGCGACCUUGCCAGCGCCGCUAGCGAUGGUGCCGUCCGCGCAAUGCCUCGUGCAGCUGACUUGGCGGCGUACGGCGACCAGCUGGGCGAGCAGUACGGCGGCGCGUUCGCAGCUGCCGAUGGCGGAGGCCCUAAUGGUGCUGCCAGCGGCGCUCGUGGGGCUGCCGGCGGCGGCGUGCACACGCGGCUGCCGGCUGCUGUCGACCUGCUGCCGCGCCACAUCAGCGCCUUUGGUGAAAGCAGCCGUGAUGAGAGCCGUGGCGCCGCAGGUGCCGGACCCUUCCUUCCGUCGCGCAUCACCAUCUUUGGCGAUGACGGCUCCUUGAACGGCACGCAUGGAGGAGGCUGCAGUGUCGGCGGCGGGCGGGCAGGCGGCGGCGCGGCUGACAAUGUCGGGCUGCGACGCCUUGUAGCCGGCGUUGGCGGCCCAGCACGCUGGCCACACCCUGGCGCUCAUGCCGACGCUGGCCCAGGGGUCGGUGCGCACGGCGGUGGUGGUGGCUUUCCGGGCGCUGGCGGUCCUGAGGACAUGCUCGCCGGCGACAGCCGGUUGUGCAUCACCCAGGAGUUUGGCACGCAGCAGCAGAGCUCCUUGCAUGAUCCGGGCGGUAACCACGACAGCGGCGAUGAUGACGGCGAUGGCGGCGGCCGAGGAGGUCGUGGGGCCGGCGGCCGGGUGUCGCCGUUGGAUCCGCUGGAUCCGCUGCUGCGCACGGGGCUGGGACUGCUGGGGCUGGACGGCAUGGACAGCCUGAGCGCGGCCGCGGGACACCACAGCCACCCGCUCAAGGGGGUUGUGAAGAAGCGCAAGUCGGAGGUGUCUAUCAUCGCAAAGAUUGGCGAGGGCGCGUUUGGCGAGGUGUCCCAAGCGCAAGUGUUUCCGUACGGCAUCGUGGCGAUCAAAUGGCUCAAGCGGGAGCGCUUCGCCAAGUACUCCGAGUCCUUCCAGCGGGAGGCGGAGACACUUGCCAAGCUCAACCACCCCAACAUCAUCCGCAUGUAUGGCCUUGUCAUGGACUCGCCCGACACGCCCGGCGGGCUGGGCGGAGGUGGCCUCGGCGGCGGGGCCGGCGGAGGCGGCGGCAGUGGUGGGGGCGGGUCUGGCGGCGGCAAUGGCGGCGGACCGGCUAGCGGUGCGGGCUCGCCAACGGGUUUGAUUGGCGGCAUCAUAACGGAGUUUGUGAGGAACGGCAGCUUGGGGCAGUACCUGCGGUCGCUCAACGGCCGGCGGCUGUCGUUGCGGCAGAGGGCCAUGAUUGCGCUCCAGGCGUCUCUGGGCAUGGCCUACCUGCACGAGCAGUCUCCCGCCGUGGUGCACUUUGACCUCAAGCCGGACAACCUGCUGGUGGACGGAGAGGGGGACAGCAUGGUCAUCAAGGUCGCGGAUUUCGGCCUCAGCAAGCACAAGCUGAGCAACUACGUGUCCUGUCGCGACCUGCGCGGCACACUGCCGUACAUGGCGUACGAGCUCGUCUCCAACAGCGGCAACAUCUCGGAGAAGGUGGACGUGUACUCCAUGGGUGUGGUCAUGUGGGAGAUGCUCACAGGCGAGGCGCCCUUUGCGCACCUGACCGCACAGGAAAUCCUGUCGGGGCUGCUGCAUGGCAACUUGCACCUCGCCAUCCCGCCCUCCUGCGAGCCCGAGUGGCGCUCCCUGGUGGAGACCUGCAUGGACCCCAGCCCCGUCAACCGCCCCAGCUUCCAGGAGCUCGCCAUGCAGCUGCAGGAGAUCCUGCGGCUGGAGCGCCAGGCGUCCAACGCGAGCAGCAUCAGCGCCGCAGCGGCGGCGGCUGCGGCUGCAGCAGCGCUGCUGGAGAGUACGGGAACGGUUGUGGGAGCGACGGACGUGGGUGAUGGCAGCGGUGGGGCUGGCGAGGUAACGGCCCCAGGUGCCAACGGUGUGGUAGCGGCAAAUGCUGGCGGCGGGAAUGGAGGUGGUGUUGGUGUUGCGGGGCUGCCGCAGUGGCGCUUGCCGCUGCCGCCGCUUCUGCCCAUCGCACCUCCGGGGCCGGCAGCUCAGCAGGCGCCGGUUCGCAGCCCAGUGGCGCCCCCGACAGUACCGCAGAUGCUACAUGCGCCGCCACCGCCGCCGCCUCCGCUCUUGGCAAGACAGCCUUUGCAUGUCGUGCAUCCUAUGCAAGCCGCGCCGCUUCAUUCGCCCUUACUCGCGCCGUGCGCCCAGCCGCCGCAGCAGCCUCCCCUACCACACCGGGUUUUGCAGCCGUUCCAGCCGUCACCAGCGCCGCCACCUUACGUCCCGUACGGCGUAGCGCAGCAGCUACCGCCGGCGUUGCAGCAGCCCCAUCAGCAACCACAGCGGCAGAUGCAGCCCCCGCAGCAGCCCCCCCAACCGCAGCACCUGCAGUACUCGCCGCAGAUAUCACCCACCGCUGCGGCAGCCGCAGCGCUCGUCGUGUCGCAGCCCGUCAACCACACACCCUACAUCCUGCCGCUUAAUGCGCAAGGGGUCUUCACGCCGCAAACACCGCAGCCGCAGCACGUGAAUGGGCUGUACGCGCUCGCAGGUGCUGCUGGUGCUGCCGGGAUGCCGCCACUGGUAAGCUGGGGUGAGCGCGCGAUGUAAGCCUCUUGCUUCGCCGCCGCUGUGUUCCUACGGCUGGGGUUAUGUUGGUGUGGCUGUUUGUUAUUGCUCUUAGCGCGCCAGCUCGCUGGGCAACUGCCUUUUCUGCGCUGUGGGGUUGGUUUGUUUGGUUGGUGCAACGCUGCGGCAUGCUGCCGCUGGUGAGAUGCAUUUGAUGGUGCAAAAUUGCCGGCAAUGCCAUGGCAGGGGCAUGGUUCUGGACGUAAGGAUGGAUGAUGAUGAGGAAGUGUUGGAUUAGGGGUGGCUUGCGUCUGCGGUUCAUGGUACUUAGCCCAAUUUCGGACGCGGGUCUCAAUGUUGAAGCUCGGCGGCAGCGUUUACGAUAUGGAAUGCCUUCCCGCAACCAUUAGAGAAGCAGCUGGUGGGCUUGAGGAGGUGAACAAGAGGAUUGCGGGAUAGCGGGCAUACGCCGUACAGCAUGCUGUGAGGUGGUAGCAGCUUCCUCUUGUUGGGCUGGGACGGUCGUGUUUGGCCACCUGUGGAGGCGAAGGCAUGGGUGCUUCGUAUGAUGGUAUGGUUUGAUGCCUUCUUACUUGUGGCGCUCUCUGUGUGUCUUGGUCGUGUUAGGAAUGCCUUGCCCGCACCCUUCCGCGGCCGGCUAUGAAUGGGCGGUCUUUUGAGGGCUGCUGAUAUUCCGCAUCGCGGGAAUGGGAGAAAGCGGUUCCUGUUUCAUUCCUGAUCCGGUUCCUUUACAUUUUGGAGCUCAAGAUUCCAGGUACGCGUUACGUGCACGGCCUUUGCCGUGGCAUUUUUGGUAAACAUUUCCCGGUAGCCUUAGGUGUUUACAAGCCGGUAGGCGGACGCCAUGAGCGAGCGGCUCCGUCCAAAACUUCAUUUGCUGUUUGGCAGAACCCCUUCGUUCGUGCCGUGCCGUGCGGGUCCCCCUCAGCCAAGGUCAUGCAUCUUUGCUGCUCCGUGGCUGUUACGUUAACUAAAAGAGCAGUUCAGAUGGGGGGUGUGCUUCACAUGCCGCCGCCGCUCCCCACGUGCAGUCCACUACAAAGAACGGAGAGGUCAUGUGAAGAGGAGGUGGAGGAGGAGGAGCCGGAGUAGCGCCAGGGGGCGGUGGCGUUCCGGCCGUGUUGUUUGGAUCGUGCUGGUCGCAUGUGGUGUGUUGUCGGUAGGGGUGGGAUGGUGCGCCCUGCGUCUCCAUGUGCGUUUGCGGGAAGCGCUGUAGCGACCUUUUUAAGCUGCGCCCGGGCGGCUGUCUGUACGUUGCUGGCAGGCCGCUCGCGUGCGCGCUUUCCUUCAGUGUGUGCCCUCAAGGAAGUAAAAAAGUAAAUUUGUUCCCUCCCGUUUUGUGCAAAUAUUUGGAUUCAAAUGUUAUUGUCCAUGGGGUUGUCAACGUGGAAGGAAUUUGGCCGCCUUGACAGCGCUGGUGACACAAGGUAAUGUUUGCGACUGGUGGCAGCAACCUGCCCAACAUUGCGAGGCCGUGUGGAGGGACGGCUGGGGCGGCACCGAGCAGUCACUCUUCUUCUACCCGCUAAAAGAGUCGCGGUACGAGUGCUGCUGCCGUGUGUUGCGAGCUUGACUUGCUGGCUGUGGGAAUGGUGGUUAUGAGAACGACCUAUUAACCUUCUGGCUAAAGUGUAUUGUUCCUUGUAAUGUUGUGUGACACUGGUGUGUGUGUGUGUGUACGUGAGCAAGGCGGCGUCGUUUGAUUUGGGGCCAUUUUAGAGUGCCCUUGCCGCGUGAAAACGUCCUUUUGGUCUUCUUUCUUGAACGUACCCUUUGCCCGGGUGCGUUGUCCCUUAGAAACUUCGGUAUGUCGACUAAAUAACCUUGGCCUGGCGGCGUGCAACGUCUGUCUAUUCGUGGAAUUUGUGCGGCCGCAAUCCGUGCAGGCCCUUUUCUAGUGCCCUCUCCGCAUCAUCAUUUCCCUCAUCGUGAACCAUGGAGGAACGCAUUUUGAUUCUUGUGUUGACUCGGACCAAUAGUUUCGCUUUUAGGAUUUGAGAUAGAGAGUCAUUUAGGUGCCGGUGGUGGUGGGAGUAGUGUGUACGGCAAUUGUAUACCCGUGUGUGGGGUUCGAUAUUUCCCAGUGUGGAUUGGGUAGUGUACAAUAGGAAGACGGCGGCAGUUUAGUGUUUUUUCCUGAGGAUGCUUAAUGAAUGCGCAACAACUUACCAGUAACAACUACGGGGCGCUUGGCCAUGGUUUGUAUUUGAAAUAGAUGCGUUUAUG